AUGGCCGACCUCGAUGCCGAACUUCUUGCACUCGCUGGAGGCGACUCCUCUGGCGAAGACGAGAGUAUGCCACCUUCUCCCAAGGAAAAGUCGCCGUCACCAUCUCGUUCUAAGAAGCAAUCUCGACACUCUCCAGACCUGGAUAUGGCUCGCAAGGGCAUUGCAAAGGCCGUCAAGCGUGCUAAACGUCGCAAGACAUAUUCCGAUGAUGAAGACGAAGUAUCAUCGCUUUCGCAGCAUUCAGAAUCCGCUUCAAUGUCUCAGUCCGAUUCCGAAGCCGGCUUCAGCCCAGGAGCUGACAAGCCGAUCUUCCCCUUCGAGAAACUUUAUUAUGACGCCGAAGACAAAGCACGCAUUGAUGCAAAACCCGAGAUAGAGCGAGAAGAGAUCUUGGCGCAACGAAGCGAACAGGUGGAACGUCAUGAACAAGACCUUACUCUCCGUCGUUUGGUAGCUGCGAGAGCCCGAGAAGAAGCCAAGAACGCAGCAAAGAACAAGCGCAAAGCCAGCGCAGCUGACUUGGAAGACACUCAGCGUAAGAGCACCCGUCAACGCACGAAGGUGGGCGGUGGUCGCGCAGGAGAAGCAAGCAGUGCCAUCGAAGCCUACAAGCAGCAACGAGCGGAAAAGGUUCUGCGAGAUGAACAGAGAAAGAAGGAAGGACUGACACGAAGAGCGACGUCUCUACGAGACGACUACAGUGAUGCAGACGCCGAGGGGGAGAGCGACAAUGACUAUGACGACCACAAAUACAAGAAACGCUCACCAACGCCUCCAAAAGACGAGCCCAUUGCCGAACUCGCUGAUAUUCAGAGAGCUCGUGUUGGUCGUGACAACUUUGCACAAGUAUGCUACACCCCAGGAUUUCAAGAGGCCAUUACAGACUGCUACGCGCGAGUGUGCCUCGGCCCUGGUCGCACUCCUGGUGUCAACGAAUACCGCCUCUGUCUGAUCAAGGGAUUUACCAAGGGUAGACCAUACGCGAUGAUCGGCUCCAACGGCAGACCAUUCCCUGUUGACAUGUACAUCAUCGCUGCGCAUGGCAAGGCUGAAAGACCGUGGUCUUUCCUCGAAUGUUCAAUGUCCAAAUUCACCGACGACGAAUGGCGUCGAUAUCGGACGGUUUUGGCCAACGAGGACAUCAAGCUACCAACCAGACGAUUCAUCAACAGUAAACUCGAUGGGAUCAACCGCCUGUUGGCACAUCGAUUCACUGAAGCGGAGAUCUCGGAAAAAAUCAAGGUCCAGAAUGACCUGAUCGAGAAGGUCACGAGAGCCCAGGAGAAGGAAGACCUCAAAGAAAAGAUUAAUCAAGCUCUGAGCGACGGCAAUGACGACCUUGCAAACGAACUUGAGAAUCAGCUGGCGAAUAUCGUUCCGAUGAAACUGGCCUAUGGUACUAGCUUGUCUCGCGCCAACUCUAGCUAUGUGAACCCAGAUCAAGAACGUCUGGCCGAGUUGAAUCGACGAAACCAGAGACUGAAUGCAGAAAACGUUCGGAAGGCCCAGCUUGCAGAAAUGAGAGCAAGAAAGUCGAAGAAACAUCUGGCUCCAGGUGUCGAUGAGCUGUUCGAAGGAGGAAGCGAUAUCAGCCGGACUGGUACCCCUGCCAACGGUGCCGGCACGCCCAAAGUGGCUGCAAGCAUAUCACGAGCCGGAACACCAAACGCCACCAAUCUCUCCAAUGGUGCUGCCAAGAACUCGACUCCUUUGCUUAAUGCCACUGUGUUAAAGCCGGCUGAAAAGAAGAGAGGCCUACCUGUCAUUCGGAAGGCACCGUUGGAUGAUGAGAUACUGGCCAACAUGGAUCUGGGAAUUGACAUCGAUAUUUAA